AAGAAGAGGAGGAAGGAAGAAAGGAGAAGGAUAAGAAAGAGGAGGAGGAGGAAAGGAAGAAAAGAGGAAGGAGGAGGGGGCGGAAAGGGACUGACUAACCAAACCCUUCCUUCCUCUGGCAAGGCAGCCCUGACUCAGAUCCUCCACCCGAAUCUCCUCCCUUCUUUCUCUUGCUUUGAGGGACAGAGAGUGGCAGCCAAGAAAAGGAACUUCUCAUCCAGCUGGGAUCAUCUGCACCUCUUCCCCAGAGAUGGACCCAGCGGAGGACCCAGCCCACCUUCUGCCCCACAUCUCUUGGACCACCUUGGUUUGAUAGCGUUUGAACUCCUGGGAUUGCUUGAAAUUCAGAAACAUCGAGAUCCUAUUACAGUAGGUUUUCCGCCUAUUUCCUGUGAGUCUACUACACAAAGAUGUCGACUCCUGUGCUGCCAGAAUGGAAACUCCAGUUGCUGGAGCGCCGGCGGAAAGAGGAAGAGGAAACCCGUCGGCGGGAGCGGGAACAGCUAGACCGCAUGGCCAAGAUGCCCGCCUGGAAACGGGAGAUCAUCGAGAGGCGACGGGCCAAGCAGGGCUCCAGCACUUCCUUCUCUGAGACAGGCGGGCUGGGUGGGACUGAGAGUGGGGCAGCCCCUGUACAUGCCACAGCAACACCAGGUCUAGGCGGAGAGCUGGAGAGUUCUGUGCUGCAGGAGAAGAUUGGGCCGGUCCACCAGAACCCUUUCAUCCAACUGGAGAAGCGCCGAUACAAGGAGUCCGCCCCGUCGGAGAGUGACCUUGCCAACGUUAAGGCCAAGCAGAUUGUGGAUCUUUAUGGGCAGAUCCCUGGUGUCCGCACCCUACGUGCUGACAACGUCAUCAUUAUUGAGUCCGUGCCAGGGGCACCACCGGCGCAACUCGCCAGUGAUCGACACACAGGUGAAUCCAAAUCAGGCAGUGUGGAAUCCCUGAAUGAGCUGUUGGCACGGCGCGGGGGCAGCGUGACGGAGAUCCGUGCCGGGGAGGUCUUCAUCGUAAAGUCUGCCUUGAGCCGCAGUGUGGAGGACCUCAACUCUGUCGGCAGGGCUGAGUACCGAACAUCCCUACCAGAGCAACGCAGAGGACGGGUGAGCAAAUUGCUGAGCCGAUUCAGCCAGGAGGAGAGCAGCGGGACAGUGUCACCACGUCCGGUGAGAUCCCUUAGUACCGAGAACCUGACAGACAGUAACUACGUGGCGAGGAAGCCAGGCCACUCACGGGCAGACAGCAGCCCAACUUGGCAGUACCAUGACAGCAUACCCAGUCCUCCCCGUGACCUGCCAGGACUAACCCCUCCGGUGCCCUGUACUGUGGCUUCUUAUCGCAGCCAGUUUGAAGCCAAAUCUGGCAGUGGGGAGGCCUGGCCAGACAGUCCUCCGAGACGUUCACCAACUGGCAAAGCAUGGGGAAGGGAGGCGGCCUCUCCAGAGAGAGGGUCCAAACUUGAGAGCAGCGAUUCAGAGGCUUCUUUUGAGAUCCACCCUGUGCCACCUCCAGCCUCAGUUGCUGAAGACGAUGUCCAGGGCAAAGCCUUGGCCAAUCUGCGCCUCCACUCCCGGAACUCCUUUAUGGUGGUGCCGAGACGGGGCUCGGCCUCCCCUCCUCCACCCUCAGAACCCAAGCAGGAAGCCACCCCUUCCCCACUUCCUCCUCCUUCUUCUGUCAAGCCCCCAACCCCCACUUCCUGCUCCUCGCCCAGUUCUGAACAACUUCUCCUGGACUCUGAGGAGCCACCGGAGGCUGAGGCCAUGAGACGCAUGGUGGGAGGAAGCAGCGGCAUUAAGGAGGACGUCAGAGUGGGGGGCUUGGCCCGGGCCUCGUCCCCCCACCCAGCCGUGCAGCGUCGCAGUGGAAACACCAUCACAAUCAAUCCUCGCAAAGCCCCAGUGGCACCUGUCACCACAGCAGUGGAGAAUGGCAUUGAGAGCGACGGUCCCCCCAUCACAGCCCCUGUGAAGAAGCGAUAUCCCACAGCCGAGGAGAUCCAGGUGAUCGGAGGAUACCUCUCACUGCAGAGAUCUUGCCUUGCAAAGAACGACCCACACCGGAAAAAGCUUAAGAUUUCAUUCAGUGAGAAUCAGUUGGAAAGGACCUUCCAAUACCCAUCAGAAGGCUCGCUAUUGGAGGAAUUUGGGCCUCCUGAGGAGUCAGACUCCCUGACCUGCACCAAUCCCCAUGGGGAUGAGGAAGAGGAGGAGGAGGACCUGCUGCUGCUUCAUCGUGGCCUCCCAGGACUGCUGAGGACCAAGCCCCUCAUUGUGGAUGAAUCCUGUCGGCGGUAGCCCCGUGCAUCUUCCUCCGUCGCUGGGAAGGGUGGCUCACACAUCAAUCUUCAGGCCAUACUCUGAAUUCUUCAAUUGGACCUUAACUUGAUUCCAUCUUCCAGUGACCGCAAACCCCAUGGAAAGAAGCAAGGACCAAGAGAGACUGGGAAAUCCUGCCCUAGGGCUUUGGAUGCAUUUAUUCCUUUGGGACGAGAGCAACGGUUCUGAAAAUACCUUUCCCUGUUUGGUAUUUUUCACUUUGGAUGACUCUGGCACUGAAAACAGGACCUCAGAGAUACCCCCACUCCCCCAAGACUACCUUGAAAUAGAGACCGCAGCAUAACCCUAGGAGAUGCUGCCUGCUUCCAAUGGUAGAGAGGAGUUCUCGGCCACACGGGUUUGAUCCAGAGACUCCUUUUCCUAUCCCUACACACUGCCAGCCAACACAGAGUCCGGUGCCAACAGCAGCUUAAAAAUAUAUAUCUUUUUACCACCAGCAGGGAGAAGCACUGAACUUUCUGAAGUUGGCUUUUGCAAACAAGGGCUAAUGUUGUUAUAUCUUUCUCUUCCUGCUAUCAUCCAAACCACAUUUGAUACCCCCAUUGGGCUGAGUGACUUUCUGUAAUGCCCAGAUCUACUACCUUUUUUUUUCUUUUUUGGCAAAGAAUAUGGGUAUAUCAAAGUUUUAAAGAGAGUGAAGUAAAAACAUUUCUGUUAGCAGCCAUAUGAGUGAAGGGAUAGUAGAUGUAGGGAGUCUAUAGCAUUAAGAGAAACACUUAGCUUGCAUGUGGCAUAAAAGUAUGGAGUAAAGACGAGGGAUUUCUGGUUGUUCUCGCUCUUUCUCUGUCAGGGCCCUUGAACAUUGCCAUAUAAAAUCCAGACUAUGGCUUCAAACUACAAGAAAGGAGAUUCCAUCUGAACAUUAGGAAGAACUUCCUAACUGUGAGAGCCGUUCAGCAGUGGAACUCUCCGCCCCGGAGUGUGGUGGAGGCGCUUUCUCUGGAGGCUUUUAAACAGAGGCUGGAUGGCCAUCUGUCGGGGGUGCUUUGAAUGAAAUUUUCAUGCUUCUUGGCAGGGGGUUGGACUGGAUGGGCCACUAGGUCUCUUACAACUAUGAUUCUAUGAUUAUCUGCUUUCAACUGGAUUAUAUGGCAGUAUAGACUCAGAUAAUCCAGUUCAAAGCAGAUAAUGUGGAUUAUCUGAUUUGAUAAUCUGGAUUAUAUGGCAGUGUAGAAGGGGCCUCAGUCUCUAAACCAGUGUUUCCCAAACUCUGGUCUUCCAAGUAUUUUGGACUUCAGCUCCCAGAAUGCCCAGUCAGUGAUCAAAACAGCUGAGACCUGGGAGUUGAAGUCCAGCCAUUGCUCAGUCUAAGCUAUUCUGGACGAAGGCAGACCAGUAUGGUUCUAGUUCUUAAAGCAAAAGCUGUGAGUAGGCAUGCAACUGGGCAAAACUGGGAGGGUCUCUGGGUAUUCUUAAAAUAGGAGCACUUGGUAUUAAAGCAUGGAACUGGGAAAAAUGGGAAACAGCUCUCUCUGCAUGUGGGUAGAGCUAGUCGCCAUUUGGGACUGUGUAUCCCGCCUUUUUUCCUUUUUUUUUUUUUUACAAAAAAUUAAGGCAGAGGUAGUUGUGUUAGUGACAACCAGACAUGUUUUUGGAUGUAUAAAAAAGGGGAGGCAGGAGUGUGUGGAGAUGAUCCACAAAGUGGAGGCAAGAGGAAAGGACAACUAUCUGUUUUAAUCAUGUUUGUUUCCUGUUCAGGGUUGAGAUUUCAUGUGUGAUUGGAUGAGCGAAUGGCACGAGAUUGGAUGAAAAGCACCUGGUGAACUGUUAGAAAAUGAAGUGAUAUUUUGACACACACAUAUAUAAAUCCUGAUGAGUUACUUGCCAUUUUUCACUGCAUAGUAUUUUGAAGUAUGUCAAGGCCAAACUAGGACUGGCUUUCCAAAAAUGGAGAAUAAUCAGUUUCAAAAUACAGCCUGCCCUUCACUUUUGGGGGGGGGGGGGGGGUUUACAGACAUAGGGACUCCAUUAUAGUGAAAAAACAUGAAUAAAAUGAUUGCUUUCUUUCUUUCUUUUUUACUGAAAGAACACCUCAGGAGAUUUUACGUCUUCCAGCAUUAGUAAAGGUAAAGGUUUCCCCUUGACAUUAAGUCUAGUUGUGUACAACUCCGGGGGUUUUGUGCUCAUCUCCAUUUCUAAGCUGAAAAGCCGGCAUUCUCCUUGGACACCCCCAAGGUCGUGUGGCUGGCAUGACUGCAUGGAGUGCCAUUACCUUCUCGCCGAAGUGGUAUCUAUUGAUCUACUCACAUUUGCAUGUUUUUGUUACUGCUAGGUUGGCAAAAGCAGGAGCUUACAAAGGGAGCUCACCCCAUCUGUGGAUUCGAACCACCAACCUUCUGAUCAGCAAGUUCUGCAGCUUAGCAGUUUAACCCGCUGCUCCACCAUGGCCCCAUGGUUUUCCAAAAGGCUUAAUAAAAUAGCUGUGCGGGGAUUCUGGGACUUGCAGUCUCCCUUAAAAAACCUUUUUCAAGCACUUCUUUCUCCUUUAAAAAAGACCAUUUCAAAUUAGCUAUAUCCACUGGAGGCUGGCCAUAGAAUUGCACUGGAGGACCUAGAGAUUCUUAGAGAGGUGUGCUUUCUAGAAUUCUCUAGGUCUUCCAGCAUGACUAGAGGAAAUUGACAACAAACCCAUAUUAAACAGCCUAGAGAUUCCUGGAGAAAACAUUUGUAAUAAAAAUCUGUGAAUAAUCAAAUUUAUAAAAGUCAAAACUGCAAAUUUGGAGGAAUAAUUGUGCUGACAACUUUCCAAACCUGAGGACAACAUUUUGGGGAAUUUCAGAGAAGAGAUCCUUUCAUCAGUGCAGGGCAGAUAGACUGAGUGAUGGAAACGGAGGCAAUGCAGCAGAUUCCUUGGCUCAUCUGACUGGUUGCAGACAAAUGAACCAAGUAUAGUUGCCUUUGAUGUUUGUUUCUCAAUGUGGCACUAAUAUCUGUCCAAUGAAGGCAAUAAUGACCUACGCUAAGAUAAACAGGGAAGCAAAGGCCAGGUGGUGCAUUCUGUUUGCCAGUUUCCUUAAGCAUUAUCAGAAGCCUUGGUUGGCUUGAAAUAUAACCACAUCAUUAGCCAUUAAAAAAGUCGAAAGACAAGAGGGUAGUCUAUCGUAGGAGAUCCAGAAGGAAGCACUUUUACUGCCCACUGCAGUACCUCUUCUGUCAUUUUUGGAAAUGGCAGGAGUCCAAAGCAGUGUGGUGCUUUCCUCACUGCACAGAAUACCUCUCAACUUCUCUACGGUUCAUAUCAGAAACUGUAAUUUUGGCCCUAAAACGUGUUCUCGACUUAUACAUGAAGUAUAUAUGGUACUCCCGGGACCAUUCUGUGCAACUGACAAUGCAAUUCUGAAAAAUCAAUCAGCUUGAAUGGGUAGUGUCUCUAAAUCCUUGAGUGGACAUUCCCCAGAUUGGAGAUAUGGCACACAACUCAUCUACAGGAAAAAUAUGGAAUGGGAGAAUUGAUUCAUUCUGCAUGUAUGAGAGCCGGAAAUGAUGUUGUUAGGAGCAGAUGUUGAAUGGAUUCUGGAAUGAGAGGAUGGGAAGUAGGAACGACUGGAAGGAAGAGGCACAGGUGGGAAGGAACGAGGCAAAUUUUCAGUUCCUUCUCUCUUUCUCUUCCUUGCUAAUUUAUCUUGUCAUUGUGCAUCAUUUUUAUUAUCAUUUCCCCAUUUAUUUUGCACUGUGGGAUCAGCUAUGCCUGGCGCCCAUGAAUGAGCGAGUGAAUGACUGAAGAUGGAGACCAUCUGUUCCUCUGAGGAGGAAAGGACAUUUGUGAAGAUCAGUGUGUGUGGGCCAAGGGCUGAAGCAGCUGCGUCCAGCCAUUUCCAUCAGUGUUUUUUUAUAUGUAAUUAUUAUUGUCGUUGUUAUUAACAAUAAACCAGAAUGAUGUUGCACGUUGAA